AUGGAGAGCUUUGACGACGUGACCCUGAUCGGAACGGUGGUAUCCGACCCAUCUCUCUACGAUGAACCUCCCCCAUCGAAUAGCGAGGCCAAGCAUUCAAGAAAGCCCUCCGACACACAGUCUAUCGAUUCAAGCACCCAGACCUCGAAUCCCUUAGACGCAGGCCGUUCGUCUCAGGGCAGCACGGAGAUAGCUCAUGAUACUGCACUGGCUUCGGUAUUCUCACCAGAAGAUGACGACGAAGAGCCACACAUCGCGACGUCCUUUGAGCGGGAAUCAUCGCCCGUCUCUGCACAGAAACACCGCUCUGGGCUGGACAUAGAGGAGGAAGGUAUUGACCGGAUACACAAAUUCACGCUGUAUGAGACUGCCACUCGAUUCUACAUGGUUGGCAUCAACCUUGCCGAGACCCGCUUCCGGAUUCUCAAAAUCGACCGCACCUCGGAGUCGGGCGAGCUGAGCAUCACAGAAGAUGACAUGAUUUAUUCCAAAAGAGAGAUGGUACAAUUGCUCGACGCUAUUGACGAUGGCAAUAAAAGUACCGGUGGAUUGAAAUUGAAGUGCAGUGCGUGGGCAUUACUAGGCUUCAUUCGAUUCACGGGAGCGUACUACAUGCUAUUGGUUACAAAGAGGAGUCAAGUGGCUAUGCUCGGUGGUCACAACGUUUAUCAAAUUGAUGGAACAGAGCUUAUCCCACUGACAACGGCGGAAUCCACGCGGCUGAAGUCAGAAAAGCAAUCAGAGGAGGAGAGGUACAGAGCGAUUCUGAACAACCUAGACUUGACCAGGUCCUUCUACUUCUGUUAUUCCUACGAUAUUACUCGGACACUCCAGCAUAAUAUCUGCCGGGAGCGAAAAGCACGUCGGGAUGGAGCUCAACGGAGUCAGCACGACGAUUACAACACCAUGUUUGUGUGGAAUCAUCAUCUGCUUGCUCCGGUGUUCGGCGCUCUCAAAAACCCCUUCGAGUGGUGUCUUCCUAUAAUUCAUGGAUAUGUGGACCAGUCGAAGGUGAGUGUGUUCGGUCGCCCGGUCUAUAUCUCCAUAUUCGCGCGACGGUCUAGAUUUUUCGCGGGGGCACGCUUUCUCAAGCGGGGUGCGAAUGAUUUGGGAUUUGUGGCGAACGAUGUGGAGACGGAGCAAAUAGUUUGUGACCAGACAACGACUUCGUUCCACUCUGCUGGGCCAACAAUGUAUGCGAAUCCAAACUACACUUCAUAUGUGCAACACCGGGGCAGCAUCCCUCUGUACUGGACUCAAGAAAGCACUGGCGUGUCACCCAAGCCAAGCAUCGAGCUCAACCUCGUCGACCCGUUCUACUCUGCCGCAGCCCUGCAUUUCGACAAUCUUUUCGAGCGAUAUGGGACGCCAAUUUACAUUCUGAACCUCGUCAAGCAACGCGAGAGAACGCCACGUGAAUCGAAGCUUUUGCAUGAAUUUACCAACGCCAUCAAUUAUCUGAAUCAGUUCCUUCCCGAGGACAAAAAGCUCAUAUACAAGGCCUGGGAUAUGAGCCGAGCUUCGAAGAAUCGGGAGCACGACGAGGUCAUUGUGACAUUAGAGGGCAUCGCUGGUGAUAUCAUACCGAAGACCGGGUUCUUCAAGAAUGGGCAAGAUGCGGAGUCCGGUCUGCGGCUUCAGAAUGGCGUCGCGCGGACCAAUUGCAUUGACUGCCUUGAUCGAACAAACGCAGCACAAUUUAUCAUUGGCAAACGAGCACUGGGUCACCAGCUUCAUGCCCUUGGUGUCAUCGAAGGGACGACUGUUGAAUACGAUACAGAUGCGGUCAAUCUGUUUAACGACAUGUGGCAGGACCAUGGAGACACCAUUGCCAUCCAGUAUGGAGGCUCCCACCUAGUCAACACUAUGGCUACCUACCGCAAGAUCAACCAGUGGAGCAGUCAAUCGCGCGACAUGGUCGAAAGCUUUAAGCGAUACUACAAUAAUUCCUUCCUUGAUGCCCAACGCCAGGAGGCAUACAACCUCUUCCUUGGAAACUACAUCUUCACACAAGGUGCUCCCAUGCUUUGGGAUCUUUCGACUGACUACUACCUGCAUCAUACCAAUCCUAGAACCCACCUGCAGAAGAAAAAGCCACAUUACAUCAAUUGGUACACGCCUGAGAAUUUGAAAGAGCGAGAAGCGCCCCCUCUUCCAAUUAGCCCAAAGGAGCCACUCUCUCAUUUUGACGACUACUGGCUGGACUACCUACCCCUUGCCCUAUCCACUCUCUCAAAAGUCUUCUCUUAUAAGAUGAAGUCCACUAUCCCCUAUGCUCCAUUCCGACCGGGACAAGUUCCUCCAGAUCUCAGUCCGUUCGUUCGCCGCAUCUCACAUGAUCAAAUUCAGCGUCACCACCCACCUCAGCGGAGUGUGAAGAUCCAGGAACCUUCGGACAACCGCGUGCGCUAUACUCCAUCCACCCCUACGAUUCCAGAAAUUCCUCUUGACUGGUCUCGCCAGCCACCAUCAUCCUCGAAACAAGCUCCUGCCGCUGGUAUCAUCAAAGAACCAACAUUUGAGUUGUACCAAGGAUCCCAUAUUCCUCCAAUUAACGCACCGCCUUCUUCGUCUACCCCGAGCAAAGCACUUAUCGCCCAAUGGACUCUCGGACAGCUUGUGACCGACUCACUGAGCCCCUCAGUCACCGCAAAUGAGGCUGAUGAAUAUGAAAUGUACAUCAAUCACCCCCUCAAAGUCCCACUCGUCGUCUCAUCAGAAAAUACGGACCACGGCCUCAGCGAGGAUAUGGUUAUUUACGCCAACAACUGCAAUGUGGAAGAGGCGGUUCUUGAAGCUAGAGCCGGAGGAAACAUUGAUGAUUACGCCGAGUUCCUAAAUGUCUCUGAGGAAGGACUCACGGUCGUGAGUGAGGAUUACGAGAAGAAGAGAUAUAAACGCUACCGCCAGUGGCUCAGGGGGAAAAGUCUGUUCAAGCAACGCGUUGACGUGUAA